AUGAUUCAAACUUUUGAACCGGGCUCGCCACAAAGACGAGCUCGUUCUGCUUCUCCCAGCAAAGCUAACCGUCGCGAUCUCUACCACCAUGCUACUCAAUCAUUUCACUCGUUUGAUGAUCUCAUAUGCUCCAAUGGGCAAACGUUUGACCGAAGCGAACUCAAGAAGUUGGUAAAAUCUCCUCUUUCUAAGAAACUUCAUGUUGCUACUGGUCCCCACAAUAAUCCCAUUCCGUUUCAGUUGCAAUUACCACCCAGAUUAUCCAAGAGUGUCCCCAACUCUCCGGAUGGAAAGAAAGCAAAGAAGGCUCCAACGAGGAUGAUAUUCAAUGGACAAAAAUACGAACCGUACUAUUCGGAUGAUCUGAAUCUGGACGGCGACGAAAACCUGACCUUCAGCUCACCUGUCUUCGAACAGCCUAGAGCACGUCUGCAAAGUCCUGAGAAACCACCAUCCCUGGGCAAUCGCAAAAAGAUUGCCAAGUUUGCAGAAAAAAACAAUGUGCAUCUCCUGCAUCAGCUUAGCAUUAUCAGAGAGAAGUCCAUGCGUAAGAUUUCCCUGAGUCCAACCAAGGAAUUGCCGCCCUGUCCGGUUUUUGACGAACCUAUUCUGUCGAAACGAAUCUCUUCCGAUUCUUUCAGUCCAUCAAAUGAGGCUAGAGAUGCUACAAUGCCAACAUCACGCAGCCAGCCUUUGUUGGCGCCCAUCGCUAAGUCGCUGAAGCCAGUGAACACAAAAUUACCACUCAGCUCAGAAACUUCAUCGCAGCUUAACUCUUUGAGUGCUACACCAGAACACUCAAAAAUUAACAUGGUGCCAAAUGAGGCUAAAAAUUCCGGGAUUGACUCUGAAGAACAAGAUCACCCUAUACAACCUUUACGCCUUCCAAACAGCAAUGCAAUUCACCACAUGCUCUACAUGGGUGAGUCUGCGCAAUUCAAGAUUGACAAGCGAACAUUUUCUGAUGAGUCCACCGUGUCCUCAGUCAGUUCGUUUAGUUCAAUUGGUGAUGCUUUCAUCAAGACCUGUGCUUCAAUGUCGAGAUCAAUUACAGCAGUACCGGGUCGGUCAAUGCCGGUAAAUUUGAUUACUAUAGACCAGACGAAGCAGGCUCCUAUUUCCAAUGAGAUGGAACUCGAGCCACCAGCUUCACAAGAAAAGUCAAUUGAGUCAACUCUUAGCAUAAAUGAUCAUUCUCUUUCCAAAGCAGAUACACCUGAAGAAAAUAUUCCUCAGGCUCUCUCUGAGGAUACGACUCCACUCGUAGAUUCUAGGGAGCUGGCACAAAAGGAAUUACCCUCUCUUGUCAUGACGGAUACACAAUUAGCUUCAAACACAACAACAAAAGAGUCCGAGAAGAGCUUACCCAAUUCCCCUCUUGGUUCCAACAAUGAAACUGCAAAUUUAGGAACUGAUGAGAGUCUCGAAAAGUUAACCUCUGUUGAUGACAAUAUAGGCUUGGGUAUGGGCUUCAACUUUCCUAACGAUGAGCUGAAUUUGACAAAUGACAAAGAAGCCAAAUCCAGAUCUCAAAAGAAUCGAGGUACUCGCAGGAAGUCAGUUUUGGGACAUAUGACUCCUCAAGGACAAAUUGAAAUACCAAAACUUUUGGAGGAAAGUCCUCUCAAGCAUAAAUCAAGCCCAGCUCUCUAUAAUUCUCAUUUCCUGAGAGAUAUCUUCAAGAGUGCCGCCAACGAUUCUACUGACUCCGAUAGCGAAUCGUCCUUCAAUUCUCAAUUCUCAAACCUUCAAGCCAAACAAUUCAAAAAAACUCACAUACCCUUCAGCAAGUCGAUGGGUGCCAUUGCUACGCCUAUCGCAAGCGGAAGCUCGCCAAUUAGACAUACCCGUCAGAAGUCCAUGUUCAACAUCAACAUUGCCGACCUUGAUUUCGAAGAACCUCCAUCGAAUACUAGGUCCAACAGACAUCUUGAUCUUGGAGCCGGUCUUAAUCCUAAUGAUGACUUCAGCUUUCCUCUGGUGAAGAAAAACGUCAAAUCCGUCACCGAGAAUGACAAGUCUCAAGAAAAUGAUAAUGAUGCUUCCAUCCUAGAAAUGGGGGCUAAAAUGACUGUUAAUGAGCCACCUAAAAAAGUUGAGUACGCUGUUGAUUUCAAGACUGCUAGUCCAGCACCAUUGACCUCUCCAAAGCUCCAAUAUAAAGUUUCGUACUCUGACCGCUUACAACAAAUUGCUCGUUCAACUCUGUCGCAUCCUAGUUACUACAACAACCAGCCAGCAUCCGAGACUAAUUCGAGCUAUAAGUCAAGUAGAACCGGCCAUGAAACAGCAUCAACUGCAGCUUCGGAAGUUGAGAGUGUGACCAUCGACUUGACCAAAGAAAAGUAUGAUGUUUGCUUAGUGCAGCGCCAAGACUCCACUCUUCUGUACAAGUCAGUAAUCGAGAACACUAGAGAUGGUAAAAAGGUUGAAGUUGUUUUAGUUGACGAUGAAGAAGAAACUGAUAACGGGAGAGAUGAUUUGCUGAGCAUUUACUCUACAUACAUUGGUGGAUGGAACAAAUCUUCAUCGGUCAAAUCAAAUAACCUGAUAAGAACUCCAAGAAGCCCAAUGCAGAGACAACGUCGGAAUUCAGUGCUCUCCACGGCUUCUGAAGAGAGCGACUGCUCCGAGAAUAGUUGGGCAGCAGGAUCUACUUCCAAUUUUCAGGUCAAAACAUUCAUUCCGCGUGUACCUCUUAAUAACCAGCAAAAUCCAGUGGCUGUCAAAGACAGGCUUCCCCAGGUUGCACGCAAGGGAAUUCCUCCCAGGAGAAAGCAUCCAGAAUCUCCAGAGUGGCAAGAUAUUGAGGAGGAAAAUCCAAUCAAUCUCAUAUCAAAACUAUCUAUUCGCGACGAUGGCAGCUACUUCGACUAUACCCAAGGUGGCAGAUAUGACUUCAAUUCUUACAUGAUGCAAAACAACAAGGGGAAAUAUACCGCUUAG